UUUUCUUUGUCCGCGUGCCCGUGCUCACAAACACGCGCGCGCUCACAGUAGCGGCUGUAGUAUCAACGGGGCCUUCACAAAACACACAUCAACUCAGCAAACAUGUCCGCUCCGGGUGCAGAUGGAUCUGGUUCUGCAGGGAUGUCUGGGAAUAACCGCAAACUGCAGCAGACACAGGCACAGGUGGAUGAGGUGGUGGACAUCAUGAGAGUGAACGUCGAUAAGGUCCUGGAACGAGACCAGAAGCUGUCUGAGCUGGAUGAUCGUGCCGAUGCCCUGCAGGCCGGUGCUUCACAGUUUGAGACCAACGCUGCCAAACUCAAGAGGAAGUACUGGUGGAAGAACUGCAAGAUGUGGGCCAUUUUGAUAGCUGUGGUUCUUGUCAUUAUUGUCAUCAUUAUCAUCUGGACGCAGUCAUAAAGACAGAAAUCUGGUUAUAAUCAGAAGAAAAGAUCAGGAUAUGAAGUCUUAUCUAUCGACUUCAGAAGGAAGAGAUAACGAAUGAACACUCUUCCAAUACGUUCUAACCUGCUGAUUUUCAAAAGCAUAUUUUGUAAACUAUCCUCAAUGGUUUUUUUUUUUUAGUCUUUGUUUUUAAUAACAAGGAUUUGAAUGUUACAGAAUGCCAUUUCCAUGCACAUCUAACACUCCUCUGUGCAAACCACAGAACAGUGACUGACCGUGCAAAGGUUACAAAAUGAUCCAAAACCACACUUUCAUGAUAAUAUGAGUCAUUUUGCUAUUAUUUGGAGGCCAAGACAUAUUGACCAAAACUCUUGUGAAAGCCAUUUGCCAAGAUCUCAUUGAUGAAUCCCUUAUGGACUCUUUCAGUGGACGGCAGUAAACAGACACUCUUGUUUUCACUGCAUCAGAGUCUUUCUGUGCCAACAAGACAUAAGAGCCUUUCCUGAACAACCACAGACGUGCCUUUAAACAGCUCCACUGCCGUCCCGUAACAACAGCACACAACUCUGCUCUGAUUUUACUCAGAAUGUCUACAUAAAAAUGGUGUAUGUAAGUUUGAUAUCUUAUUGAAAGAUUGAAUUUUGAAGUGAUAAUUCACUAAUUAUUUAACUGCAUUAUAUACGUUGCCUUAAGUAGAAAUAGUUUGUUAGGAAAUAUCUUUGCUUAAUGAUAUUUCAGUAGUAUUGAAUUUUGGUCUUUUCUUCACUUCUCACUCACGGUGCCAAAACAUUUUAUUUUUGUUUAUCUGAGCUUUUUUUUUGUAUGUAUCUUUGUAUAUCUCACGUGUAUAAAUUGUAAACGAGUGCAAUUCUAUAGUGUGGCCUUACAAACUGUUAAACCUGUUGAAUUGCCUGUGAUGGCUCAAUAAAACACAGAUUUAACAUC